AUGACGACCCCAACCGUCAGCACAGCCUCCGCCCAGCUUGCCGAUCUCCUUGGCCCUGAUGCCGUGGUGGCUGCAAAUCAGUUGCGGCAAUACGGGAUCGGGACGCUGACGCCCGUCGCGGCGGUGCGGCCCAUUGACCGCGGUGGCGUCGCUUCCGCAAUGGCCUGGGCAAAUCGAACCAACACCGCCGUCUAUCCGUCGGGUGGGCGGACGCAAAUCGAUCUGGGCAACCCGGCCACCAAACCCGGCAUCGCCCUUGACCUGACCAGACUCAAUCACCUGGUGGAUUUCCAGCCGGCCGAUCUCACCAUUACGGCGGAAGCGGGCAUGACCAUCGAGCAACUGCAAUCGCUUCCCGUGCCACCAUCGGCGGCACCCCUGGCCACCGGAACCAGCGGCCCCCUACGCUCAACCUACGGCCUGCCCCGCGACUGGCUGAUCGGCAUCAGCGUUGUGGACCCUCGGGGCGUCCAGACCAACGCCGGCGGCAAGGUGGUCAAAAACGUCACCGGCUACGACCUCAACCGUCUUUAUACCGGUUCGCUGGGAACGCUGGCGGUCAUCACCGAAGCCACCUUCAAGAUUGCACCAGCCCCAGCGGAAUGGUCGGCAAUCGUUGGGGGAUUCUCCGGCCUGGACACCACAGCCACCGCGUGCCAGAACCUGCAGGCGCAGCAUUUCGCGCCGCUGGGCUUACACAUCCUGAACCGAUCCGCCGCGCAACGCCUGGCCGCCCUCGGCGAUAUUGAGCCAGCCGACUACAUCGCCAUCGCCAUCAUCGGUGGACGCCCAUCAUCCGUGCAGCGUCGCCAAAAGGAAACCGUGGCCCUGUGGAAGGACAACGCAGUCUUAAUGCGGAACCUGAAGGGCGACGAAACCGUCGCAUUGACUGCUGCAUUAACCGAUUUGCCCGCCAAUCCCGACGCCCGGCCAACCAUCUCCGUGCGGGUCAACUCGCAACCGGCGGGGUUGCGGGACAUCCUGGGGAUGGAGCUGCCCGUGGCUACCGCCUUGCCACCGCCGGGCGUUGUCGCCGACGUCGGUUUCGGCGGCGGCAGAUUGCUGUGGUGGAAUGAUUGCUCCGACACCAAUGCCCAGGCAAUUGCGGAAGCGUUGCAAGGUAUCCACGCAGCAGCGGUGGCCUCGGGCGGCAGCGCCGUCGUCGAACGCUGCCCAAUCUCGGUGAAGCGGCGCCUUGACGUUUGGGGCCCGCUACCCUCCAGCAUGACGGUGAUGCGACGACUCAAAGCGCAAUUCGACCCGGCUGGAAUCCUCAAUCCGGGUCGAUUCAUCGGAGGUCUGUGA